GUUUUCUAAAUCGGAUUAAAAUCCACACCUCCACGGGCCAUUGUGCAAUUGACUCGGUCUUCCCCACAUUAUACAUCCCAGAACAUCAUGUCCUUCACCGACGUCGCAUCUGAAGUGGGCUUGAAGAAGCUGAACGGCUUCCUCACCGCCAAGUCGUACAUCGAAGGCUACCAGUUCUCUGCGGCCGAUAGCACCCUCUUCAGCAAGUUCACCACCGUGCCCGAUGCUGCCAAGGUGCCCAACGUGUACCGUUGGUACGUGCACACCGCGUCCAAGUUGGGACUCCGCGUGGCGUUGACUGCGCGCAACCAAGUUGCCCAGCCGUCCUCCCCUAAGGCUGCUGCCAAGCCCUCCACCCCCAAGGCGUCGACCCCCAAGGCUGCUAAGCCCGCCGACGACGAUGAUGAUGACUUGUUCGGUGACGACGACGAUGACGAGGAAGCCGAAGCCGCCGCGAAGGAAGCCGCCAAGAAGCGUGCCGACGCCGCCAAGGCCGGCAAGAAGGAAAAGGCCAAACCCGUGGAACGAUCGCAAGUCGUGAUCGAAGUCAAGCCUUGGGAAGCCGAAACCGACCUGCUCGACUUGGCCGCUAAGAUUAAGGCGCUUGAAAUCAACGGGUUGACGUGGGGUGAAGGCCACAAGUUGGUCCCUGUGGCGUACGGCAUCAAGAAGUUGCUCGUGCAGUGCAUCAUCGUGGACGACCUCGUGCUGUUGGACGACAUCACGGACGCUAUCGAGUCGUUCGAAGACUUCGUGCAAAGCGUGGAUGUGGCGUCCAUGAACAAGGUCUAAGGCGACCCCUUGGCAACCACCCACCCUCCCACCCACGUCCGUCGAUCAACGAACGGGGCUGGGCGUAGUAAGUAGUGUAGGAGAUGAUGAAGACAGGUUCAGCUUCAACCACACCAAAAGUUAAGAUUUAUGAUGUCGUUGGAUUUCGUUUAUACCCAACGACGUUGCCAAGAUGGUGUUGGUGGCUGAACGAUUGCGGUCAUAUGAUUGAUUAGCUUGCC